AUGGUGAACCUAUUUAACAACUCAAACAAUGCAUAUGAUGCUGUCUUCAAUAAUAUUGGCACAUUUGCACAAAAUUCGCCUCGUGGCAAUAAUCGAAAUUCAAACAGAAAUGGUGUAAAAGUAAAAGAAUUGAACAAAAACAAUCAACACGAGAUCCAAGUUUUUAACAGAAAUGGAUAUCAAAAUUUUAAAAUUGAGAUAGUCAGACAAGGAGAUCAUCUCUAUUUGCAAAUACAAUCCCAAGUAGAUAGAUUUGAGAGAUAUUUUAAGUUGAAUACUGCAACUGAAGACAUUAAUAAUGUCAAAUCAUAUAUCGAAAAUGAUUGGUUAAUUGUCGUGAUUCCGUUUAUUAAUAAAGGAAGUAAAUCUCCGCCACCUAAAAAUGUUCCGGAACAUCCAUCUAAGAAACAAAACAAGCAGCAGAAACAACAGAAACAACAAAAACCGCAGAAAGAAUCAAAGUCAGCUAAGAAUAAAAAGGUAUUCGAGAAGAAGAAAACUGAUAACAACCAUCCUCCUAGUUUGCUAGACGCUGCUAGACGAAAACCAUUUUUGGAAGAGGUUCCUGAUCCAGGUAUUUAA